AUGGCGUUCGCCAAGCAGACCAAUGUCGACGAGGUCGCUGCUCAGUCCGAAGUCAAGCGAUUGAUGGACUUGGACACAACACCAUGGUACAAACGACCCAACCUCAGAAGACUAUACUGCUGUCUUCUGCCAGCUGUGCUGGGCUGUGAGAUGACCUCAGGAUACGAUGGCUCGAUUCUCAAUGGCUUGCAAGCCGUGCAGCCUUGGCUGGACUACUUUCAUAAUCCGCAGAAGGCACUUCUCGGCUUGAUUACUGCGGCAUUCAGUAUUGGUGCUUUCGCUGCACUGCCGAUAGUACCUCUGGUCAACGAUCGAGUCGGAAGGAAGCAUAGUAUUACCAUCGGCUCAGCAAUCAUCGUUCUUGGGGCCGUGCUGCAGACAGCUAGUGUCAACCUUGCUAUGUUCUUGGUAGCACGCAUCCUGCUCGGUGUCGGCAUUCCAUUCUGUAUCGGCGGCGCUUCUCAGCUGAUUGCAGAGCUGACAUAUCCUCGCCAUUCAGCUGUCCUUAACGGCCUGUUCAACGAAUCGUGGUACGUCGGCGCCAUUAUUGCUGCAGGAGUCACACUUGGAACAUAUUCGCGGUCGGACGAUUGGGCAUGGAGAAUACCUUCGCUCUUGCAGCUCCUGCCUUCUGUGUUACAGUUGACCUUCAUCUGGUUCAUCCCAGAAAGUCCUCGAUGGCUCGUCUCUCGCGAUCGAAGCGAGGAGGCACUCGAAAUUCUGAUCAAAUACCACGCCGAAGGCGACCGUGACAGUGCGCUCGUCGCAGCAGAAUUCGCUGAGAUUCAAUCGACGGUCCGCGCGGAGCUCGAAGGCUCAAAGCGACGCUGGAUCGAGCUCUUUGAGACGCCUGGAAAUCGCAGACGAACCUUCAUCGCCGCCUGUGUCGGCCUUUUCUCUCAAUGGUCCGGUAAUGGAUUAGUGUCCUACUACCUCGCCAAAGUCCUCGCGACUGUAGGAAUCACGGAUAAGAAGGUGCAAAAUCAAGUCAACUUGGGACUGACAUGUUGGAACCUUGUCACGGGCUGCACCAGUGCUUUCCUGACCAAGGUUCUACGCCGUCGGACACAAUAUCUCAUCGCCUUCAUUGGCAUGACCGUCGUUUUCGCUUGCUGGACUGGAGCCAGCGCUGAUUAUGCCAAGACCAAGAAUGAGCAGGCUGCUGGAGCUGUGGUUGCGAUGAUCUUCGUCUACUACAUGUUCUACACGAUCAUGCACCCACUGACCUACAUCUACAUCACCGAGGUCUUUCCCUUCGUCAUCCGUGCCAAGGGUGUCGGAUUGACGCAGACCUUUUCACGUGGAGCUUCGGCAUUCAACCAGUUCGUCAAUCCUAUCGGCCUUCAGAACAUUACUUGGAAGUACUAUAUCGUCUACGUCGUGUGGCUGGCCAUCGAAGCGACAAUCAUAUUCUUUGUCUAUCCUGAGACCAAGGGGCCGUCGCUAGAAGAGCUGUCGCGGUUGUUCGAGGAUAAGAAUCCGUUGACCAAGGGCCAUAUGGAUCUGGAGCGAGGUGCAAGCAUUGACGAGAAGCCUGUCACCACGAUGGAGGAAGUGUCGAAAUUGUAG